AUGGUGAACUAUGUACUUAAAAUCAUAGCUGAUCUGGAGAAUCUCACAAAUCUCCAGCCUUCCGGUGGCUGUGACGAUGCCAACUUCCCUUACCUCUUCAAGUUGAAAUGUGAAAGAUGUGGAGAGGUGACUCAGAAAGAAACAUGUGUGACUUUGAAUGAGACCUUUACACCUCCAGGAGGUAGGGGUACUUGUCAUCUUGUACAGAAGUGUAAGUUCUGUGGAAGGGAAGGGAAUGUGACAAUGAUACCGGGAAAAGGUCGACCUUUGACUCUGGAAGAUUCUGAGGCUGGAGAACAUGCUCCUCUUAUGGUGUUUGACUGUCGUGGCUAUGAACCCAUCGAUUUUGGAUUUGGUGGAUAUUGGAAAGCUGAGGCGGCUGAAUCUGGAACCAAAUUUGACGAGAUUGAUUUGUCGAGUGGGGAGGAAUUCACAGAGUACGAUGAGAAGGGCGAGUGCGGGGUAAUGAUAUCUAACUUCCGCGCAAGCUUCAGCGUCACCAAGUAA